AUGGCAAAAACCAUGGUGCAUUGUUUUGUAUGGCUGAUAGUGGCUGCAGCUUUGAUUGUGAGGCCGUCCAAGGCAUUUGACUGCAUUGGUGCCUUGCAAGAGCUGAUUCCAUGCCUAAGUUACUGGCAAGCUGCUGAUCCCGCACCCAGCAUUGAAUGUUGUUCUGGUGCUCAAGAUGUGGCCAAUUCGGCUAAUUUGUCUAAAGACGAUUUGCAAUCCGCCUGCCGAUGCUUGAAAUCUGCUGCGCAAACUUAUCCCAACAUAAAUUAUGACAACGCUAAGCAACUCCCCGCCCUCUGCAACGUCAACCUCAAUGUUACCAUUGAUCCUAACAUUGACUGCACCAAGUACGUUUACUUCUUCCGCCCUUCACUACUAUUUUUUUUUUUCAGGGCUCUGAAUGACAACGGAGAUGGAGAUUAUCAGCGUGCUGCAGUGUCGCCUUAUAGUACAAAUUUUGUUAAUUUGAAUACAUCUCUUGUGUGUUCCAUAAUUUUCAUCGCAAAGAUUAGGCAGCCACUCUGA